AUUCUUAUCUCCUGCAUAUUUUAUUUCUAUACAUCAAUUGUUUAUGGUGCUCCUUUUUUAUCGAAAAUCAAUGAAACUUUACAUUUCUCAGCUCUGUUGACCACUACAACAGUUAUUCCAUUAUGUUUAAACCUAGGUCCUGAUAUCAACAUCUGGAUAAAGUCACUUCAUUUACACAGCACUGAUGAGAGUUCCUGUUUAAAUGUUGUUUAUUCCAUCACAUGUAUGUCAAGUCUAUUUGGAGCAUGGCUUGGUGCCUUUCCAAUUCCUCUGGAUUGGGACAGACCUUGGCAGAUAUGGCCUAUAAGUUGUGUUAUUGGUAAUAUAUUAGGUUAUAUAACUGGUGCUUUCCUCUCUAGUAUUUAUAUACUCUUCAAAUAUAGACAAUUAAAUAAACUUAAAUUAACAUGA